AUUCCGGUUCCGAAUUCUAGCAUUCCUAUUUUCCAAACUACCAUAGCAAACGUGUAAGUAACUGCGGAAUUGAUUGACAGACACAACACGUGUGUCGUUGCAAGACACAAAAGGCUUCAACUUGUCUUGUUUCGUACGUGUUUCAGUUCUUAGUAAAUUCAAUUUAAAAACAUGUUUGCAUCAAAUUGGACUUCAUUCAACAACAGCCCAGACAAGAUUCAGGCCACAAUGGACAAAGGAUAUUUCGAAGCUCUAAAUGUUAGUAACCCAACCGAGAGAUUUGUAUGCCGAGACAUCGGAUUAUCAGGUCUUAAAAUGGUUCCCUUUCCUCAAACUGCUUUGUUUCACACCGUGACUCUUAUGUUGUGUGUUCUAAACAGCGUUACAUGCCCAUUGACAAUCGUUGGGAACGUUCUGGUCUUUACAGCUGUGCUCCGAAAACCGCAACUACGAAAUGUAGCAAAUACCUCCAUUUUGUGCCUUGCGUUUACCGAUUUGACAGUUGGCGUGUUCGUUCAACCUUCCUAUGUUAUUUAUCAAACAAGCAAACUGACCACCGCUCCUACCGACUUUCCAUGUGAUAAGCUACUGAUAUACUCAUUCUCUGGAGUGAUAUGUAUCUGCAUGUCAUUUUUGACAUUGAUUUUGAUCUCGCUUGAGAGAUACAUGGCAGUAUUUUAUCCGUAUCGUUAUGUUGAGAAGGUCAACUCCAAACGUCUGAUUUCCGUCAUUGUCACGGUAUGGGGAAUCUCGAUUGGAACAUUGCUGACUGUGAGAUUUUUAUUCGGGAUAAAUAGCAAUGAGGAAGUAGGAGUGAUAUCUUUAGUAAUUAUCACAAAUUUCAUCAUCACGUCGUUUGUAUACUUUAGGAUAUUUCGGUUGGUCAAGCGCUGUAACGCCCAAGUUCAGGUCGAGUUGUCGCACAACAAUUCCACAUCCUCUCAUGAACCUCCUUUACAAGAGAACUCAAAUCCUCGAGAAGCCAAGGCUUCCAAGACAGUGGCGUUUGUGGCUGGAACUCUGUUCCUGUGCUUCACACCGACCCUCUGUGCUACCAUUGUCGACCAGGCUAGCUUGGCGCCGAGUGACCUUUUAUAUCACGUGAUUUAUCCUAUUGGCGAGACUGCAGUUCUCUUGAACAGCUGUCUUAACCCAGGAAUUUACGUUUGGAGAAAUCAGGGGAUUCGAAGCAGUCUGCGUGAAUUGUUAAGCUCUUGUAAAAUCGCUCAGUAAUUAAAAAAAAUACAAGAAA